AUGGCUCCGGCGGCGCAGGUUCCCACAGCUCCAGUUGUUUCUCGAGUGUCGUCGGCGCGUGCGGAAAUCGCAUCGCAGCAGGGACUGGAGAAGCAUCGUGAGUGUGAGAGGAGGUGGCAUCCUCCUUCUGCUAAGGACAACUUGCCGGUUGAGGACGCUGCUUAUCGAGGAAAGGGCAAGAAGAGCCACGUGGCAGUCAGUGCCGUGGUUGCCCAAGGAGAGGUGUCUCCGGCGAGGAAACCGAAGGCGAAAAAGAAGAAGCAAGAGAAGAGGAAUGUUUCUGACACUGCCACAUGUUCGUCGGGUAGCGACUCGGGAGUGUAUCAGUGCGCGGCGAGCAGUUUCAUGCAGCCCGUACCAAUACAAUUACCUGGUCCUAGGGCCGACAAAGACCAGGGAAGAUCUGGCAGGGAUAUGCAGGUCUCUCAACGUCAGAGUAGCCCAAGGAACGGGCGAGAUAGAGCUGUUCUUCAGGGUCGAUGUUAUGGUUGCAAUAGAGAGGGCCAUAGGAUCUCGGAGUGCUCUGGUUCUGAUCGAGGACAGACUGGCCGGGCACAGGGGAACUCAAUUUGUUUCCGCUGUCGUCAACCGGGACAUUAUGCUUCGAGUUGUCCUCUAGGUUAA